AUGGCUGCAAAUAAUCUUUCCACGUAUUUUUCCCUUUGGAUUAUCAUUGCAUUCUUUGGCUCAUGUUUGGUUACAUUUUCUGCUUUUCAACCAAGUGGUUUUUCACCUGCUGUUGCAACUUAUUAUACAAAUCCUACUAGUCCUGGAAGUGGUGGUGCAUGUGGACUAGAAAAUGACGUAGUAAGUUCUCCCUACAAUGCAAUGAUUACUGCGGGAAAUCAAGCUCUUUUUAAACAAAGCUCUGGAUGUGGUGCAAGCUACCAGGUGAUGUGUACCCAAUUUCACAAUCCACAUUGUUCAGGAAGUCCAAUAACAGUAACCCUUACAGACGAGUAUCCUGGGGCAUGCAAUAAUAAUCCAGUUCACCUUGAUUUAAGUGGAAUUGCCUUUGGAAAAUUGGCAAAGCAUGGUGCAGCACCACAAUUGCAUUUUGCAGGAAGAACUCCAAUUUUUUUUAUAAAAGGUGAUAAUCAGGUAGCAUGCAAUGACAACUCAAACAUAUUGUUCAAGGUGGACAAAGGUUCAAACCCUAAUUUCUUUGCAGUUGUAUCUAAAGCAGUAAAUGGGGAUGGUGAUCUUUCAAUGGUUGAAAUAAAAACAGGAGGAAGGAGCACUCCAUGGACUCCUAUGAAGAGAAUGAUUGGGGCAACUUGGAGUGUUGGCAUACAACCAAACAUACAGAGACCUCCAUUUUCCCUAAGGCUUACUUCAAGUACAAGGAAGAGUGUUAUUGCCCAGAAUGUCAUUCCACCAGGCUGGCAUCCAAGAUCAGUUUACAGAUCAAAUGUUAAUUUUCCUAGCCUUUUAUAG